UCUUCUUCGUCCUCUUUUACUAUUUAAGGAAAAUAACCCUCUAUCUCUCACACACAGUCACGCACUUCUUCUCCUUCCUUUCGAUUGUGAACACAAAGGGUUUUAGGGUUUCAUUGGCAGCUUAAUCGUCCGUACCGUACGACAUCUUCGGCUCAAUCAGGAUCACGCUAUCUAAUGGACUGGUCAGACGAAGAGGGAGAGAUUCUACCUGACUUUGUUGAUGAAUACUAUUUCGUUGACGAAAGGGACAUACCUAUUGAGUUUUGUGUUCUGCCUUUAAAAUGGGACGACGGAGAUUCAGCUGAUAUCUCGGGACUGCCCGUGUUUCUGCGUGGCGGCACUGACUGUGCAGACUAUUCAUUUUGUAAGCUCUCCGAAGCGUGGAAGUUUGAUCUGUCUGAAGAACAUCCCAAGAUCGAAGUGCUUCUACAUGGGAUGCACUGGAUAACUCUACGAAAACCAGCAAAGAGUUAUGAAUCUUUAGUUAGAACAACUCUGGCCACCCUUGAGUGUCUUCACUUUGUUAAAAGGAAUCCAGAGGCAUCAAGCGACGAUGUGUGGAACAGUUUACACAAAGUGGAUGGGAUCCAACCUUCAGAGAAUGACUUAACAGAUCAUGUUUCUUUGCUGUGUCAAGCUAUGAAAAGGGAUUACGAUUUAACAAAAUCAAAGUGUUUGCAUUCUUUCUUGGAGAAGACUUCACAAACAACACCUAGCGAAGUGGAACUUCUAACACGCUAUCAAGAAGAUGGUCAGAUACCAGAGGAACAGAACUUCACUGGUGAUAAUAGGACGGACGAGGAAAACAGCAGUGAUGAUGAUUAUGAGAUGAACCUGCAGUUUGAUACAGUCUGUUCUAUUUGUGACAAUGGUGGUUACAUUCUGUGCUGUGAAGGAAGCUGCUUGAGAGCUUUCCAUGCGACCAUAGAGGAUGGAAUAGACUCAUCAUGCGAAUCGUUAGGAUUCACUGAUGGGACUCAAGUUCAUGCACUAGGCACGUAUUUGUGUAGCAACUUUCUCCACAAACAGCACCAGUGCUUUGCUUGUGGCCAAUUGGGAUCCUCUGAUGAAAGUUCCUCUCAAGAGGUCUUUCCUUGUUCAGCGUCAAAUUGCGGUCAUUUCUAUCAUCCAAUAUGUGUUGCAAAACUUCUUUAUGCUGAUGAUCACAACAAAUCAGAAGAACUUCAAGCCAAGAUUGCUGCUAACGAUUCAUUUUGCUGUCCACUACACAUAUGUAAAGUAUGCAAGACAAGUGAAAACAAGAAUCUAUAUGCGUUUCAUUUUGCUGUAUGCAGACGCUGCCCAACGGCUUAUCACAGAAAGUGUUUACCAUGGGAGAUUACUUCUGAACUCAACGGUGACGAGGAAAACCCACAAAGGACCUGGGAAAAACUGCUUCCAUACAAUCGCAUUCUGAUGUACUGUUUGAACCAUGAGAUAGUAGGUGAUCUUGGUACUCCAGCUAGAGACCACUUAACUUUUCCUGAUAUAUCUGGCCCAAGAAGAACACUAAGUGAGGAGCUUGCACCUGUCAAAGAGGAUGUACCGAGUAUGGUGACCGAUUCUGAGCCUCACGAGGGUCUACCUGAUCGUCUUGGUAUUAAUGAGUGUAGGAAACCAAAGAUGCAUUUCAAUGUCAAUGAUUAUCUCCUGAAACGGAAGAUGGAUAGCAUUGGUAAAAAUUUGCCGAUAGAUGAAGGUCAUUCCGCCUUUGUCGAGCGUGACGUAGUAGACGAGGAUGUGGAACAGAGGGUGUUGUCUAUAAGAGACGAAGUGAACUCAUCGUUUAACUUUGAUGAGUUCAUGAGGUCUCGUGGGGCAACAACCAAUGUAAAAUGCUACCAGUCAGGAUAUGAUAUCGGCAAGAACAUCACAACGGGAUUGGUUAAGACUCAUGUCAAUGCUGCUCGAGCUGCGUUAAAGAUGUUUGAAGAAGGGCGCGGCGAAGAUGCAAGAGCUAUAUUUGAUCCAGAUAUCCUACUCCAACUCAUGAAUCAUAAGAGGAAGCUUGAAAUUUAUCUUUCACCUUUUUUCCAUGGUAAGCGUUACACAUCAUUUGGUCGUCACUUCACAAAGCAAGCAAAGCUUGUAGAGAUAGUGGAGAGACUCCACUUAUAUGUGCAAAGUGGUGAUACGUAUAACUUCAACUUUGAGAAGAGAGAUUGGUUGAGUGUGAAGAAACAAGAGUUACCCGAUGGCUCUCGACUGAUAAUGGGAUUAAACCCGCCUUUCGGUUACAAAUCCAGUCUUGCUAACAUUUUCAUCAGGAAGGCCCUCGAGUUUAGACCCAAGAUUCUAAUCCUCAUCGUACCAAGUGAAACAAAAAGGGUCGACGAGAUAGCUGAGUAUGACUUGAUUUGGGAAGACACGAGAUUACUUUCUGGCAUGUCGUUCUACUUGCCUGGAUCGAUAGAUGUAAAUGAUCAAACGAUAGAGCAGUGGAACAAUAUGCCGCCACCGUUAUACCUUUGGAGCCGAAGAGACUGGAGUAGAAGCCACAAGGCUAUAGCACUUCAACAGAGUCACAUUACACAGAUGCAUCACUCCACUUGCACAGGGCGUUUCCAUCACGCAGAGGUCCCUCAAGAUUAUGAUGAUAUGGUACAAGACAUGGACUUAUCAGUGUGAGCGAGGUAAACUUCACCACAUCUAUAGCUUUUGAAGAUAUUAUGAGAAAGAAAGGCUCAGGGUUAAAAUAAUGACUUCAGACACUGUUUUGUCUUGGGAGUAUCUUUCCUUAUUAUGACUGCUACGAUAGAAAAACUUGUGAAAAUUAAUUAAAUAAAAACAAAAUUUAAGAUUAUAUUUUUUUUUGUAAAUAUGCAGUAGUUUAUUACAUCAAACACAAUACUGCAACAUGCUAUAAAAUCAUUUAUAGAUUCUCAAAUUGGUCACAAGGUGGUAAGCCAGGCGGUGGAGGUAGAAUCUUCUGAUUUGGUUUUAUUCCAUUCUUAACAAUGAAGACAACAUUCAUACCCCACGUUUGAUGUCUAUCAAAGUGACAGUUUAUGUAAGUGUACGUACCUGGAUUGUCAGCUACGAAUCUGAUAGCGAUCCAACCGUUCCUGGGCACAGUCGCCGUGUUUCUGUAAGGAGGAUCGUCUAGAUUAUAGUUGGAGGGAUCUUUACGUGCGUUAAAAUUCCCAAACCCUAAACCAACCACGUAGAAGCUAAAACCAUGGAGAUGCAUAGGAUGAUCGAUUCCACCACCUACCAAACUCGUCCCUUGUAUAACAAUCUCAACCGUCUCCCCGUACUGAAACUUCUUUACCUCCGUCGCCAGCCUCGGAGUCUGCAAAAACAGCGGUUGGUCGUCCGCUGUGAAAUUGAAUAUCCGCGGUGGGAACUCCGGAAACCGCGUUCCGUAAACGCCGUUAAUGUGAAGGUAAUAAGCUCUUAGUAUGUCCACGUGGCUCGGUGUGACGAACGAUAUGUUGUUCAUACUCGCCGCUAACCUCGACCCGUUUGGGCCUGCACACGAGUCGUUGGGACACUUGAGGAGAUUUAUCGAAACCGUCGUGAUUAUCCUACGUGAAACUUUGGCGGGAGCUACUCUGGAGUAUAAGCCUUUGAUUUUUGUGAAGAAAUCGAAAGCUGCUGAGGUGUCAUUGUAGCCAGGAAGGUACGGGUAACGUUCUGAUGAAGACGUUCCGGCGUCGUUUGAAGAGUAGUAACGUAAGAUCCCGACGGUGGUAGAGUUGUUGAACCCAACGUUGGGGUUGCUAUGGUAAGCUCUGGCCGCCAUGUUAUAAGUGCUCUCUGGACUUUGGUCGGCGUAUAGUAACAGGUCUAGCGUUUGGCCAGGAGAUAUGGUGAUAUAACUAGCGGUUAGAGGUUUGGUGUAGUGGCCAUCGGCGGCGACCACGGUGAGUUUGUGGUUCGCGAUGGCGAAGAAGAGAAUUAGGUUCAUCGCGGCGUUUACCAUCCGAAUGCGGUAGGUUUUGCCCUUCUCUACCACGAGCUUGAAUGUAUCUGUUAAACAGCAAGGAUACAAGAAACCAGGAUGCCCAUUGAUAGUCAAAGCAUCGGACACAUUAGGUUCACCUCCGUUCCUCAUGAAAUCCUCCACUACUUCUCUCACAUCCCUCUUCCACCACUCUCCAAAAACUAAGGGGACUUCGUAGUCCGGUUCUGGAAAAGGCAGGGUAUCAGGAGGCCGAGGAUACACGAAAAUCAGACCGUGUACGGUGGCACGUGUCCACGAGCUAUGCGCAUGCCACCAAACAGUCGCGUCUUCGAUGGAAAGUAAAAUUUUGUACGUAAAAUCUGACCCGGGUUGAAUCGGGCAUUGUGUGAUGUAUUCGGGUCCAUCUGACCACGGGGUUUUGGAUGAAAUACCAAUGCAAUGUGAUAUUUUCACUAGCUUGGUUACGAACGUUAACGUAAAUGGUGUCACCUUUGUAAGCCCUUAACACUGGUCCAGGAAACUGACCAUUAACGGUCAAAAUCUUCUUCGUGCUACACAGUUUGCUAUAUGGAGCUUCAAUAACCGUGAAUGUGUAGCGAUACGCAAUGCAAUUUUCGUAGAGGAAAAGAGAGAUUAGGAAGAAAUAGAAGAAGGAAUAUUGUGACAUUUUGAGAGACUUUUUUAAUAAAUUAGGUAUAUUAUGAUUUCUGAGAGAGGAAUAUAUAUUUAUAGACGCCUCUAGCUCUCCACGUCUUUCUCAAAUUAGUAACAG